UCCCUUCGGCUUCCCACUGCCAUCGACCUCACAGUGGCAGUAGUAACAGAGAGAGAAGGGGGGAAAGGGAGAAGCAGAGGGAGGGGAACAGAAAUGGCGUGUCGUUUGUCUCUGAUGAUAGUCCUCGUGGCGGCGGCGGUGGCGGCCGUCGCCGGCCACAACAUUACCGAGAUGCUGGCGUCGUCGCCGGAGUACAGCCUCUACAACGACGCCCUGACGCGGACGAAGUUGGCCGACGAGAUCAACAGCCGGACGACCAUCACCGUCCUGGUGCUUCCCAACGCCGUCAUGUCCUCCCUCCUCGCCAAGAACCCCCUCCCCGUUGUCAAGAACGUGCUGAGCCUCCUGGUUCUGCUCGACUACUACGACGAGAAGAAGCUCCAUGACAUCUCCAAAGGGACCACCUUGAGCACCACCGUCUACCAGACCACCGGUCAGCCGGAGGGCAACCUCGGCUUCGUCAACAUUACCGACCUCCGCGGAGGCAAGGUCGGUUUCGGCUCCGCCGCGCCAGGCUCUCCCUUGGACUCCACCUUCACCAAGAGCGUCAAGCAGAUACCGUAUAACAUCUCCGUGCUGGAGGUGAGCGCUCCCAUUAUUGCUCCCGGAGUUCUCUCUGCUCCGGCGCCGAGUGCCGCCGACCUCAACAUCACCACCCUGUUGGUGAAGGCCGGCUGCAAGAUGUUCGCUGACAUGCUUGCCAGCACUGGCGUUCUGAAGACGUACCAGAGUGCGGCCGCUAAGGGGCUUACCCUGUUCGCCCCGUCCGACGACGCCUUCAAGGGCGCCGGCGUCCCCGACUUCAGCAAGCUCACUAGCGCCGAACUCGUGUCGUUGCUUGAGUACCACGCUGUGGCUGAGUACAAGCCCAUCGGCUCCCUGAAGACCACGUCCGGUAACAUCACCACUCUCGCCACUAGCGGCGCUGGCAAGUACGGCCUCACUGUAUCUUCCGCAGGGGACGCUGUUACCCUCUCCACCGGCGUCGACAGCUCCCGGAUAUCCGGCACCGUUGUCGACGACACUCCACUUGUCAUAUUCACCGUCGACAAGAUACUUCUUCCCGUAGAGCUCUUCGCCGCCACGCCGGCCCCUGCCCCUUCUCCUUCUUCGGCCCCCUCACCCAGCCCUGCUUCUGCUUCCGCCCCGGCACCGGAAUCUGCGAGCGCCCCCGCCUCGGUGGCGUCGCCCCCUGCUCCUCCUGCUGGGCCUGCGGAGGCGCCGGCGGCCUCGUCCCCGGAGAUCUCGUCGAACGGCACGUCGGCGAACGCUUCAUCGUCCCCGUUGGCGCACGCCGUGCCGCGUCUCGUGCUUGCCGGGUCCAUCCUCUCCGCAUUGGCGUCUCUGCUUUAGUCUGAGACUAUUUGGUGGGAGCGUUCUUUUGUGCAUUUGAGAUGAUGGGUAUGAUUUCUUUGUGUAUUCUUAGAUUGUUAAUUUUCAGAGCUUGUCUUCUACCA